AACACAGGUUCCGACCUGUGCAGCUGCCAGCAACAUAAUUUGGGUUUCGUCUCCUGAUAUCGUUUCGAUUCAAAAAAAAAAAAAAAAAGUCGCUCCUUUACAUUCCCACGCCCGUCGCAUAUUCUCCCAACAAUGUCAGACCCCGCGCACCCUCCUGACACUCCCAACGGAGCAGCGGAUCACGUUCAGCAUGUGGGGAAGAGUGCGAUAACCGCGGGGAAAGCAGCCACACAGCAACAACUGCUGUCCGCGUUGACGGCGACAGAUGUGACUAUCCGGCGGUUAGAUCUUCUCCUGUCCACUGCCACCGGGCAAGAGAGAGUCCUAGCGACAGUCAACUACGUCGCAUCCAUCCUCCACCACGUCUGCGGCUCAACACUGUACAAAACCCUCCAAACACGACUCCUCCUCCUCGCCCGAAUCAAAGCUCGCAGCGCCCCAACACCUGGCAAAUCGGCCCCGUCCGGCUCAAAAUGGGCAGCCCUAUCCUCCCUCGCCUCGGAAACGCGAUACAACCUCCGCCUAUUCGGACUCCUCCCACUAUGGAUAUGGGGCUCUGAGACACUCAAAAACCCACCGACAGACCCCAUCAUUUACUCCCUAACAAUGCUCCAGGUGGUCUCGAACGUCAUUUACCAACUCCUCGAGAACGUAGCCUACCUCGCCUCGAAGAACGUUCUAUCCAAGAAAUUCGUCGACAAAUACGGCGGAAUCGAUAAAUGGUACAUCUGGAGUACACGGGGCUGGUUCGGACAUAUCUUCUUCGAAUUCUUCGUCCUGUGGCGCCAACACAUCCUCCGGAAGAGACGUCUCGCGGCGCAGCGCGAAGCCGCCGGCAACACCGAGACCAAGGAGGAGAUUAAAGCAGAGGAGAAAGAGGCGCUCCGGUUGGAAAUUCGUUCGUGGCGCAAGAGUCUCGUUAACAAUACUAUCUGGGCUCCGUUGUGCUUGCAUUGGUGUCUUGAGAAGGGGAUUGGGAUUCCGGAGAGUUUGACGGGAUUGAUUAGUUUCAUGGCUGGGGCUUGGAGUCUACAUGAUCAGUGGACUGCUACGGCGAAGGCGAUUUGA